AUGAUCCGGCAGUUCCUCUACAGCAAGUUCAGCCAGGACGUUUCUGAAGCUCCGAGAUCUUCAGUGGAGGAAGUCGGGGGAAUGGAGUCCACCACUAAGAGAGAUUUCCACAUUGGUGGCUUUGUACCACGGACACCACUCCCCACAAGAGUCACGAUUAUUGUACGGAUCAGGCCGUCACCUUCUGGACAGAGAACCUGCGUAGGUGUCACGGGGGUAUCUGACAUCCGGAGCCGGGACACUCCCUUCAAAAAGAGUUCCGCUUUCUCUACACCGAUAUCCCAGUAUCUGGACCAACCUGUUCCCUACAGCCUGGAGAAUUAUCCCAACAUGUGA